UAGCUUCUGUGAGCAACGGACACAAUCCACGAGUCAGUGUAAAUCGCGUCGCGACGCCCUGCUUUUCGUUCUCGUGCGAUGAGUUUAACACACAAAAUUUCAAUCGACAUUUAUUAAAUAUACCAAGAAAAAAAAAAAAGAAAAGAAAAUUUUCUAUUUACAAAAUUUUUUCUAAAAUAAAUUUUUCACACACAAAAAGAAAGAAAUUUAAAAAAAAGUGCAACAGUGAAAAAUUAAUUUAAAAAAAUAUAUUUUAUAUUAAAAAAAUUGGUUUUUUUUGCAUUAAAUUAAUUAUAAUUUUAGUGUUUAUUUUAUAAAUAAAAAAAAAUUAGUGUUAUUCCAAAGCGUGUAUAAAUUAAUAUAUUCAAUUAUCAAAUUUCACUUGUCAAUAAUUAAUUUCGAUAUUACGAUUUAGCAAGUAAUGAUAUAAACACAUCUUAAUAAUUAUUGAAUCAAGUGAUAAAAUUUGAUUCCCAACAUGGAUUACUGAUGUAAAAUAUGAUUGUGAAUAAAUUUCACACGAAAAAAAAAUCUCAAUGGGAAAAAAGAGACGUGACCAAGGAACACGUGAAUCUUUUUUAAGAUUGUAAGAGCUCAAACAAACACAAUGAAGAAAAAUGAAGAUAACCGAACGCUAUCGCGUAGAAUAAAUUUUAUACUGGGGGAAAAAAAAAUUGUGUAAUAAAGUCUUGGGGUUAGAAAUAUUUUUCAAAAAAAAAAGAAAAAAAAAAAAAAAGUAUUUUAAAACUUUUUUUACAUGGUGCAUAAGGGAGAGAAAGAUAAAUUUAACGGAUCCCCAGGCCGGUUAUGUUGAGAAUAGUGUGAUAUUGCCUUGAUGUAAACGGUAUAAGAUGCCAUUACAGACACCAAUAUAAAGUUUGAAAUUCAAGUAUCCGCGAGCGAGGGUAGUGCUUUUUCGAUCGUUAAAUCCAUCCCUAUUACUACGUUUUACAGACUAUUCUCUAUCAAGUGCAAACAGCACACUCGAUUAUUUUUUACGUAAAAAAAAAAAAAAAAAAACCAACCCACAAGUUAAAUCCAAUGUCUCUGUUUUUCACACCUCAAAUUAUUAUCUUCAAUCUAUAUUUUACCAUAAAACACAAACUUUAAUCAGUCACAAAGAUAAAAAAGAAAAUCUUAUUUUACGAUACUUUUAAAGUUUUAAGAAAAUUUUUUACACCUGCAAAAAUAAUAAUUAAAAAAUAAUUUUUAUUAUAAUACUUUUAAAUUUGCAAUCAACUUAUUUUUAUUAAAUUGACUCUAAUUAAAUUUUUCAAGUGUUGAUAAAAAAAAAAAAAUUCGAGAAUUAAAGAAAAGAAUAAAAAAAAAUUUUUUUACAAUGUUUCACGAGAUUUGACUUUGAUGUUUAAUUACAUAUUGUGUGUGUGUGUGUGUGACAAAAGGUUGGGUUAAAAGGUGUCGUGGAAAUAAACUGUCGUCGAUUAAAUCGUAUGAGGCAACAUCUAUCGAUAGCGCAAGAGCGUGAUGAGGCACACAAGGGUUCGUUCACAUCGACCCCGGGGGAUGUAACCUUUGCCAAAAAGGAAAAAAAAAAAAAAAAAGAAGAAAAAGGAAAGAUCAGAGAGAGAGAGAAAACUCUCAUCGAAGAAUCGAGCCAACCUGAAGAUGAUAUUGAGGCACAAGACUGAUUGAAAGUGAGAAAUGGCGGCGUGUGAGGCUGCUAGUUCAAUGAGUGUGGUACGCUGGGGAUUGUGGUUAGCUGUUCUUUUUUUUGCGGUCACACCUUUCGUUUAUUCGCAGCUAACAUGGACUCCAAUUUACGUUGGAUACAGCCAAGUUGACUUGUGGACCAAAAGCAGUAAUGGCUGUGAGUGCAGUUUUAAUUCGUCCAGCAAGGAUUGUGCUUGCUGCAUUCCAUCUGGUGGUUGUAGUUGCGGUGCAGCUUCACCAAACAGAUGUGCUCAAUGCGGCUUAGAGCAACAUUGUGCCAACAUGUGCAAUAUAACUUUGGACAGUAGACAAUUGUUCAGCAAAUCAGAUCGUGGCUUUGGACAAAUAAAAUCACCUUCUCUACAAGGACCCACAAAAUGCACCUAUAAAUUCAUACCAGACACUGGUCAACGAGUUGAACUUCAAAUCUACAGAGUGGUAUCGAUUGGAAGACACAAUGGAACAGCGUGCGAGGGUGGUUGGCUUCAACUUCAGGGAGGAGCUCGAGUUUGCGGUCUCAAUGAACGAUUCGACCCACCAAUUGUUCUAUUUUCUGACAAGCCAGCAGCAAUUUUACAUAUGCAAAUUAACGAAAACACAUCAAGAUCACAAUUUUUGGCAUACUUCAGUUUUGCCUCUAAUGCCAGUACAUCCGUGGGAUAUCCAGUACGAGGAGGAAAUCCCGUAAAUAACACAGAAUGUGACUGGGUUUACGAGGAUAUGGAAUGUCCGAGAGAUUGCAUUUUGGCGAGCCCGGGAUAUCCUGGUGUAUAUGCACCCAACAUGCGUUGCCGAUACCUCAUCACUUCCAGUCGACAGGUUUCCAUCGCCAUUAACUUUACUGCUGUCUUAAUGCCGCAUAACCAUUGUACAAAUGAUUAUAUUGCUGUCUACGCUGGAUCAACGACCACGAGUCCUCUCUUAAAAAUGCUUUGUGGAAAUGAAAAAGCUUAUGUCACACAUGUAGGACGUAACCUUCUCGUCGAAUUUCGAUCUGGAUUUGAAGUACCACCAUACAAUUACAAUGGUUUUGUUGCGAGUUUAAAUUUUCUCGAAUUAACCACUGAAGCACCAACUACAAUAGCAGCAGAAAGUACAAGUAGAACACCAAUGCCAUUCGCAAUUGAAAUGAUUCGCUCGCCAAGCAUAAGCAGUAAUCAUGAAAUGCGCUACACUAAUCGUGAUUUACAUGAUCAUCGAAAAGAUGAGGAAUCAUCAAUGAGCUGCGAAUUAGAAGUGAGUGGUGAUAAAAUCAGAGCUGGCCAUCAUGACACUCGUGGAAAAUUAAAAUCUACAACUUGUCGCCUUAUUCUUCGCGGACGUGUUUACGACACCGUUCACGUAUCCUUGGUCAGCUACAAUCUCAGUGCACCAUCUUGCAAAUCAUCAGUGGAGGUAUUAGAUGGUUCACAGGAAGGAAGUGUACCAGGAACCGUCAAAACACUAACGAAAAUUUGUAGUCCAGCUCAAAAAUUCGCACAAGAUUACAAAUUGCCUAAUAAUAUCAUCGAAAAAGAAAGAUACUCGUCAUCAGCACGAGAUAUGACAGUAACUUUAAAACGAGCUACAGACAGUCCUAACGAUGAAGAAUACAUGGAUGUUUCAUUUUAUUUUCACGAUGAACGAGAAGGUGGUACACGACAACCGGAGAGUGUUUGUGAUGUUGAAUAUUACGGCCUAACAUCUCCAGCUCAGGGUUCUGUUGUUCAUCCAGAAUUACACAGAUUAUUUGGAAAAGAUGGACCCGUUAAAUGUCAACAAAAUUUUGUCCCUUCUGACAAUCAAUCAGUUACAAUAACGGUGGAAAGUUCAGAAAAGGAAAUUCGCAAUCAUCCUUGUUCAACAGAAUGUGGUGAUAGUGGAUGUCGAUGUACAAUUAGUUCAAAUUUAAUUAAUAAAACAAUGAAUGAAAUAGAUCAUUUGCUACUCAUCUCUGAUACUGGGCAUGUUGUUCAUUGCCUUUGUGGAAAUUAUCAAGGGUGGUUGCCAGUUGGCAUUCGUAGUUCAACAACAGUUUCUAUAGAAUGGUCACGAUUUUCAACAACUGGACUUUCGUUCAAAGCAGCCUACAAGUUUGCUGAAGAUGUGUUUUGCAAGGAUUACGAAACCACGAAACCUGAGGGCGAAGUUCAUGUUGGCGAUUCUAUCAACAGUGGAUUCAAACUUAAUCAGUACUAUCAACAAAAGUGCACAUGGAAAUUGCUUUCAACUACCAACCGUCUUCUCACCAUUGAAAUUGAAUCAACUCAAAGUCGACCGUGCACAGCAUGGAACCUGACGAUACAUGAAUAUAGAAAAAAAGGAGAUGGAUCUACCGAAGGACCAAGACUCUAUACCUUUUGCUCGAGGGAUGGUUACAGAAGUUUUACUCUUCCCGAGGAAGUAAAUAACGCGAUAGUUAAAUUACAAGCAUUAGGAAGAACAGCACCCCAGUAUGUAAUGAAAUGGAGAAGUGAAAAAAAUUCUUCACACAAUCGAAAGCAUGGUGAAACACCUGGUAUAAGUCACAUACCACGAAGCUCAACUGGAAUUAAAACUACUUCCGGCAAUUUCAUUAUAGCUUUUCUAAUUGGCUCUAUUACUUGUUUACAUUAUAAAAUAGUGUGAUUAGAAGAAGAAAAAAAAAAUAUUGUCCAAAUUGUAAAAUAAAUGUACAAUAGAAAAAAAAAUUUACCUAAAAAAAAUUUUUUUAAACUAAAAAACAAAUUUUCUUUCAAAAAAAAGAAAUGUUUUUUAAAUUUUUUCUUUUAAUAUAAUUUUUUUUUUGUUUUCUUUUUAAGAAAACAUUUUUACUAGAUAUUUAAUAAGAAUAUUUGUAAAGUAAAUAUUAAAUCACCACAGUAGCUAUAAUAAUAAAGGGACGAAAUUAUGAUAUCACAGGAUUUUGCGCACUUAAGAAAAUUGCAAUCAGUUCUCUAAACAGUUAAUGUUUACAAUAUUAACUUUUUGUAAAUUUUUAAUUUGUCAAUAUUUAUAAAAUUGCACAAAAAUAUUAUUAAAUUAUUUUAAAAAUUCAAGUUCAAUGAUAAUACAUCGAGACUAAAUUUAAUUAAUAAUUAUUUAUUAUUAAUAUUGAUUAUUAAUUAGUAUUAUUGUUCUUUAAUGAUUUAAUAAGUUAUUAAAAUUAUUAACAUACGUUAAUUGUUUUAUUUGUAAUUGCAAAAAUAAUUACUGCUUCUAAAAAAUUACAUAGAAAAUUAAUUUUUUAUUAGAUUACAAUUUUAAAAAAUACUCUACACAAUUUCUAACCGUCCUUUAAAUUAAUAAUUUUUACAACUUAAAUAUUAUUUCCUUUAAGUCAUUCAUUUUAUGUUUUCUAGUCUAAAUGUUAUUUCUAUAAUUUAAAAAUCAAAAUUGCCCAAGACAAAAUUAAAGAAUAAAAAUGAAAAAAUAUUUCCGAAAAUAAACAAAACACGAUUUUUACGAAAAUUAAAAGGCAUUAAAAUAAGCUGCAACGCUUAUUAUUUUAAUCCAAUUUUGCUUAUUUUAAUACCAAAAUUGAUUAAAAUAAGCAAAAUUGGAUUAAAAUAAUAAACAUUGGAGCUUAUUUUAAUGCCUUUUAAUUUUCUGUGAAAUUAAUAUUCGAAUCAUCAACAAUAAAUUGCAAUUAUUUUAUAUUUAAAUAUUUCAAUCUUUUCAACAAUAUUUCAAAUCAAUUUUUUCGUAAAAUUCUGCUCAGUAUUGUGAAAAAAAUAAAUAUAUAAAUUUAACGAAUGUACAAACCUCGUAAGAUAGUAGAAUUUGUACAGAAAACAUUGAAUUAUUGUUAUAUGAAAACAUAAAAAAAGCCGAGGUGAAAUUGUAAAGUAACAUAAAAAAUAAAUUGUAUAAUCAUAAAAUUUUAUAGAUAGUUGAAGAGAAUGUAUUUUACGAAACGAGCUUCGUGUGCGUAAAGCACCCUCAAUAUAAUGUAAUGCACUUGAUUAUCGUCCAGAAUUGUAAUUGUAUUUAUCAAAGAAAAAAAAAGAAAAAAAUAUGUAGAAAUUGAAAAAUUGUUUUUGUUUUUUAGAAAUUUUCAAUUUACACUCCAAUAAAAGAAAGUGGUUUUUUAAGCAAAUUUAUAUAUCCAUUUCUGACUAUGUUUACAAUAUUAAAUUUAAUGAAACUUUUUUAUUCCAUUAUCGACAGAUAAAAUAAUAUAAAAACUAGAAAAGUCAAUUAUACAUAGUAAUUAAAAAAAAAUGGAAUGCUCAGAAAGUUUUAAGCGCGAUAAAUUUUAGAACAAUUUAUAUUAUAACUUUAAAUUGCAUAAAAAACAUUAAUUAUAUAAAUUAAAAAUUUAUUUAAAACAAAUGAUAAAAGUUAUUAAAUAAAAAUUACAAAGUCUUUUUCUAGAAAUUAUAAAAAAAAGUAUUUUGAAUUUUAUUCAUAAUUCUUAAAGAUCAUAAUAGUUAAUAUUUUUUGAUAUAAUUAAUUUAAAAAGAUAACAAAACGGCAAUGUACGACAAUGAAUGAUUAUAUAUAGGAAUAAUUUUUUUUUUCUCUCUCUCCAAAUAUGACAUAGUCAGUUGUGGAAAACAAGAUAAGUUUUUUUUCUUUCUAAAAAAUAUUCUAAAAAUUCUAAAAAAAAAAAAAAAAAAAAAAACUAUUCUUCAGAAUUAAUUAUUAUUCUAAAUUCUAAAUAAGGAUAUGUACAAAUUUGUACAAAAUCCUUGAAGAUUCUAUAAUAUUAUAUUCAAUCGCUGAUGUAAAUAUAUAAUUUUAAUUUAAAAAUUGACUAUUGUGUCAGUACAAAAGAACUAUUCUGGUGGAUGAUUGAAUUAUACGAAAAUUUGAUUACAUUUAAAUAACAUCAGAUUUCAGGGACAAUUUUACUGAUAUAUAAUAAUAAUUGAGUAUGUAUUAUUUAACUUCUCAUAAUAUAUGAUUAAUGUACGUAUUUAUAUAAAUAAAUAUAUUACGAAUAACGAAAAAAAAAAGAAACAGAAAAUAAGAAAACAGGAAAAUAGACACUGAAAUAAUUCAAUAAUAAUAAUAAUAAUAAUAAUAGCAUUAGUUAUAAUAAUAAAAAAUAAGAAUAAUAAUAAGAAUAUUAAAUUGUUGUAAAUAUAUCGAUUUGAAUAAUAAUGGAGAAAAAGAAUUUCGAAUCAAGAAAGAAAAAAAGUGAAUUAAUUCACUUUAUUUGUGGAUUCUUUAACAAUGUAAAUAGUAUAGAAAUGUUUUGAAUGAAUUGAAAAGACACUUGAUAAACUCAUUUUUACAAAUAAAUUUACAAAUCUCGACUUACUGGAAUACGAAAAAUUAUUUACAAUCAUAUUUAAUGCCUAAUUUUUAGCUUUUAAUUAUAAUUUAAUGCAAGUUCUGUUAAAAUAUAUUCAAUCUAUCAAUUUAAAUUCUCAAAUUUAAUUUUAAUUCAUUAAUUAUUAAUAUUUAUAUUAAUAUAAUUUUAUAUAAAAAAUAUUAUGUAAAAAUAUACUAAUAUUAAUAAUUAAUUAAUCAUUCUUCAUUAAUUUUAUUAACAUUAUAAAAUAUUUCAAUAUUUAAAGUGAAUUUACAUUCGAAUAAUUGUCGAGGCGCAACUAGAAAUAUGAAACAAUUUGUUACAACAGACAUAGUUAUAUAUAAAUAUAGAACUAUAUUUAUUGCAAAAAAAAAAUAUUUUAUUUCCACGCAAAGUUAAAAUAUGGAAUUAAUUUUGUAAUACCUGUUCUAUUUUUAUGUUACUCUUUAAAAAUGAUGUUACUGAUGUUACUUUUGUGAAAUUAUUUUCUAUUUGCGAUAUAUAUAUAUAUAAAUAUUAUUAAAUAUAUCGAUUUUUUAAUAUCGGUGAUAAACGAGUGAAAAAUGAUAUAAUUGUACUUAUUUUCAUUAAAAAACAAAUAAAUAUGAAUAACACAAACUAAGUAAAGUUAAUGCAACUGUUACUGUUCCAAAUACAUAAAUAAUGGAAAUAUUUAUGUAUAAGAAAAUUAUUUAAUUACAUAUUUACAAGAUAAAGAUAAUGAGAAAAUUAUUCACUCGCAAAAUUUUAUUUUAAUAACAUAUCAAUGAUAUCUUUUCAAUGUUCAGGAAAUAUUUAAAUAUACUUUUAAUAUUGUUUCUGAAAAAAUAAACAAUAAUUAUAUUAAUAAUUAAUUACAUUGUUUUUAUG